GGAAUGAAGAUCAGCUUUGAGCUCGCAGAGGUACUGAUAGAGAGAGUAGAGUAGCGAGGGCAGGAUUAGCUGUUCAUCGAAGGAAAGCUAUCCUCCACAAGACCGGAAAUUGACCAGCCCGUGCUCGACUCCCCUAAGACUGGUCUAAGACUGGUUCCUUGGGCCAAGCUUGAACCUGUUCGCCAUCGACUUGACCAGUAGGCGUUGUCGUCACAAAGGCGCAAAUCCUCCUUGCGGCAUGCGCUUCUUGAGUGAUUUGACCGUUUGGCUGGCCCUCAUGGUCUUGGUCACGGCCCAUUUGCCCGAAGACAAUGGCGACGAUGAGGCCCAGGUAGAGAGCGAGGAUUUUGAGGGGCCUUCAGUCACGAGUGAACACGUUAAAUCCGAGGAUGAUGUGAUUUAUAUUACGCCGGAAACGCAUCCUGAUGUGUUUUUUGCCGAGCACUUUGAUGACGAAGCCUACUUCAGCAAGAAGUGGACCAAGUCUCAGGCCAAGAAGGACGGAACAGAUGCAGCAAUUGCUAAGUAUGAUGGGGAAUGGUCCCUGGAAACCGCUACCAAAGACCCGUUGAACGGGGAUAUGGGAUUGGUGAUGAAAAGCAAGGCCAAACAUGCGGCUAUUUCGGCCAAGCUGCGUAAACCUUUUCAGUUUCAUAGCAAGCCUUUAGUGAUUCAGUAUGAGUUGAACUUUCAAAAUGGCCAGGAUUGCGGUGGGGGGUACAUCAAGUUGUUGAGUCAUUCCAAAGACAUGGAUCUGAGAUAUUUCACGGAUAAAACGCCCUACACGAUCAUGUUCGGACCGGAUAAGUGCGGUUCAGACGCCAAGCUUCACUUCAUUUUCCGACAUGUCAACCCAUUGAAUAAGACGGUGGAAGAGAAACAUUGCAAGAAACUGGAUACCAAAGAAAGAACAUUGUUCGAGGAGUUUUUCAAGGAUAAGCGGCCUCAUCUGUACCGGUUGAUCUUGAAUCCCGAUAACACCUUCGAAAUCUCAGUGGAUUACAAGCUGUUCAAUCACGGCACCCUCAUGGACCACUUCGAGCCACCGGUCAAUCCCCCCGCGGAAAUUGAUGACCCCAUGGACGAGAAACCCAAGGAUUGGGAUGAGCGGGAGAAGAUUCCCGACCCCGAUUCAGUUAAACCCGCAGAUUGGGACGAGAGCCAGCCUAAGCAAAUCCAAGACGAAAGUGCCACCAUGCCCGACGGUUGGUUGGAAGAUGAGCCUGAUAUGAUCCCAGAUAGCACGGCCGAAAAGCCCGAUGAUUGGGACGACGACUUGGAUGGCGAAUGGGAGGCUCCUCUAGUCAACAACCCGAUUUGUGAGUCUGCCCCCGGCUGUGGCAAAUGGGUUCAGCCCAUGAUUGAAAACCCCAGGUACAAAGGGAAGUGGUUCCCAGCCCUGAUCAACAACCCUAACUACAAGGGCAAGUGGAAACCGAGGAAGAUUCCUAAUCCCGAUUACUUUCACGAUCCUGAGCCGUUCAAAAUGACCAGCAUUGGAGCCGUAGGCAUCGAGCUAUGGUCCAUGUCCGAUGAUAUCUAUUUUGAUAACCUGUUAAUUACCGACAGCUUGGACAUUGCCAAGGAGUGGUCCGCAGAUACGUUUGAUCUCAAAGUCCAGAAGUUGGACGCCAGCGAUGCUGGAACGAUCCGUCGAAUCAUCAACUAUUCCAACCGAAACCCAUGGCUAUACGCAGUGUACUUAGUCGUGGUGGGAUUACCUUUGGUGUUGAUCGUGACCUUCUGUUGCUCGGGCUCGGGCGACUCCUCGGACAAGGACAUUCCAACGGAGGGUGGAAAGAAUCAGCUCAACCCAAAGAAGACGGACGAGGUUCAAGACGAUGACCAACCAGAAGACGAAGAUCGAGGCGACAAUGACGAAGAUCAGGAAGAAGCUCAAGAAGGCGAGGAAGAGGAAGAGGAGGAGGAGGAGGAAGAGCCUGAGGAAGUGACGAGGCGCUCCACAAGGAAACGCCGCGCCCGGAAAGAAUAAGUUAUGGCUCUCGUUAUUUGCAAUAUGAUUGUUGUUACUCGCAACUAGCUUUGUUCUCUAAAUCUAGUGAAUUGCAUCCCAUCGAACCAAUGGUUUCUAGAGAUCACUUUCGGGAACUCUGACCAGCAACAGCACCCUUUUUUCGUUACUUCAUUUUAUGUAUGCACAUAAAUCAACUUGUUCUCAACUUGCCCCCGCGAUUCCCGAUUCAACUUGUUUAUUCAUUCUAGACUCAAUUUGUUAGUUCCCUCUCAUUGAAGGUAAGCUAUUGCUAUAACACCAUCAAUUCAAGCCUUGAUACCAUCAACGGACGCCAAAAUGGUUAUCCAGCUCGGUUCGUUCUCCAUGGCUCUUUAUAGUGAAUAUUGAUGAAUGGAAGCAACAUAUUUUGCACAAUUUUUUUAAUAAAAACCCGAUCGUAAUAAUAAAUCA